GAAAGCUUGAUGAUAAGCUUCUCAUGCACAUCCAACCGUCGGAAACUCGCGCGAAGUUCACGUUAUGCCGAUUUGCCGAUCUUGACUCUGACUCAUCGUACUCGACUCGUUCUCCUCACUGUCGAAAGUCCAUCAAACGGCAUCCAGUGCUACAGGCUACAGCAAUCUCGUUAUCUCCAAGGCCUAUGUACUAAAUUCAAAUCGAGCUGGGCCCAUCAGAGUCCGGGUUGCAAUAUUACGGCACCGCAGCAAACAUGAAACGAUCAAGAUGACCACAUGAUGCGCAGCGUGUUCCGGUAUUCUGAUUUAAGCCUUCUUUAGUAUCACUUACGUCUUUCUCUACCAUUUUCUCCACUAUACCCAUAUUCCCUUACCUUUCGUUUAGUUGCUCCAGACGGUCCAGCGCACCAACCCCUGCCGGCACCCCUUGCACUUCUCAUCCUCAAGCACCUUCCCCAUGCCAUCCUAUGGUCUGACCAAGCGUGGUACACGGUUUUUCUUCCUCGCCGUUAUACUAUGUUUUGUGCUCCCUGGAAUACUUUACCACCGUGAAGCUGUACGAAACUAUUUUACCGACCACCUACCGCCAUUAUACGAGGACUAUCGAGCGCGGGAGCAAAAACUGGAGCAUUACAAGGAGUACGAAACGAGGAAGGAUGUGAAAUAUAUCUGGUCGGCGAAUCAUGCACAUAGUUCAGGAUGGGGGAAUGUUAUGCAAGACUAUGUCAUGAAUGGACUACUUGCACAUAGCACAGGACGCUCUUUUGUCUUUGAUGACUACAUCUGGAAUCCAGAUGGUUCACUCUUUACGGAUUAUAAUGGUCAUUUAAUUCCCUCUCGCAUUCCCUUGACAGCACUAUUGAGCGGCAAGUACAACAUGGUCGAUCUCCGUGUAUACGCCCCAUUAACUCCGAUUGUUCUAGGUGUAAUGGUGGGUGGUCAAAUGCCGCCUGGCGAUACCACUCCUCGUGCGGUGUCCAAGACUUUCUUCAACAAAGUUUGCCCCAAUCCGACACUCCUUCAGGUGGCGGAUGUGAACGAUGAUCGUAUGCGAUUCGACGAAGACGUGCCAGCUUCCUAUAUAUUCGAAAAGUGGCUCGAAAAAAUUAACUCGAUUGAGGACCCGUGUGUAGAAAUUGAGUCAAAUAAUAAUGCAAUCUUUGAGUACUGGAUAUUUGGACACAAGAGGAUGCUGUCCAUAUGGGAAUACCUCAAGAAUUCCCCAGUAGCGAAGCACUGGGAGUGGUCGCCUUUAAUACAGGAUGCAUACAAACGAAAUCGCCGCAUCUUCGUGCCGAAUGCGAGAUCUUCUCUUUUUGAAGGGCUCACUGGUUCAGCUACUGCGGAAAACUACACGAACCCGAUACCUGGCCUGUUAGCGCUGCACGUGCGAAGGGGUGACUUCCAAGACCACUGCGUCCAUCUGGGCAAAUGGUCGUCAAAUUGGAAUGCAUUCAAUAUGUUCCCCGAGUUCUCUGACAAGUUCGACAGGCCUACUGAUGGCGGAUGGGGCGAGACAUCAGAGAAGAACAUGCAGAUGUAUAUGCAGCGGUGCUUCCCCACAAUCGAACAAAUCGUCCAGAAAGUCACACAAGUGCGCGUCGAAUCGGAAAAGCCGCUGACGCAUAUCUAUAUCAUGACUAAUGGCGCCACCGAUUGGGUUCAGGAGCUGAAGGAGGCAUUGGAGAGCUCUGGGAAUUGGGACCAGAUUAAGAGCAGCCGCGAUCUCGACAUCACAUGGGAACAGAAAUUUGUGGUGCAGGCGUUGGAUAUGUUUGUGGCUCAAAGAUCUGAAGUGUUGAUCGGAAAUGGGUGGUCGAGCUUGACCUCGAACGUUGUGAUGCUGCGUAUGGCACAGGGUUUACUACCAGACAGUAACAGAUUUUGGUAA